AGCCAGCACCAGAGAGAGGAGACACCAUGACCCCCACCCUUACGGCCCUGUUCUGUCUCGGGCUGAGUGUGAGCCCCUGGACCCAAGUGCAGACAGGGACCCACCCAAAACCCACCAUCUGGGCUGAGCCAAGCUCUGUGAUGCCCUGGGGGACACCUGUGACCAUCUGGUGUCAGGGGAGCCUGAAGGCCCAGGAGUACCGCCUGCGUAAAGAGGGAGACUCAUGGAACUGGGACUCACAGAAGCCACUGGAGCCUGGGGACAAGGCCAACUUCUUCAUCACACACAUGACAGAUGUACAUGCAGGAAGAUACCGCUGUGACUAUCUCAGUCAGACCGGCUGGUCAGAGCCCAGUGACCCCCUGGAGCUGGUGGUGGUGACGGGAUCCCAGGACAAACCCAGCCUCUCAGCCCUGCCCAGCCCUGUUGUGACCUCAGGAGGGAACGUUACCCUCCAGUGUGCCUCAUGGAUGGGAAUCCACAGGUUCAUCCUGAUGAGGGAAGGAGAGCGCCAGCCCUCCUGGACCCUGAACUCCCAGGCAGCCCCCCGUGGGGGGACCCAGGCCCUGUUCCCUGUGGGCCCCGUGACCCCCAACCACAGGUGGAGAUUCAGAUGUUAUGGCUAUUACAGCAACACCCCCCAGGUGUGGUCGUACCCCAGUGACCCCCUGGAGCUGCUGGUCUCAGGACAACUGCCUUUCACACCCUCCCUCUUGGUGCAACCAGGACCUACCGUGGCCCCAGGAGAGAAUGUGACCCUGCUGUGUCAGUCACGGAGCUCUGUGGACAAUUUCCUUCUGUCCAAGGAGGGGGCAGCCAAUCCCCUGCUGCGUCUAAGAUCACAGUACCGAGCUGGGCAGCACCGGGCUGAAUUCUCCAUGAGUCCUGUGACCUCAGCCCAUGAGGGGACCUACAGGUGCUACGCCUCUGCCAGGACCUCCCCCUACCUGUUGUCACAGCCCAGUGACCCCCUGGAGCUGCUGGUCUCAGCCUCGGACCCCAGAGAUUACACGGUGGAGAAUCUGACCCGCCUGGGCGUGGCUGCCUUGAUCCUGGUGGUCCUUGGGAUUCUGCUGCUAGAGGCUCAGCACAGCCAGAGAAGGACCCCAGAUGCAGCCAGGACUUACAGGCAGGCGGGUAUCCAUGUGGCCACACCCUGUGUGUCUGUCUGUCCUGUGGUCACAGUGGGCCCUCCAUCUGCCCAGCUGCAACCAGAGAGAGGAAAUACCAUGACCUCCACCCUCACAGCCCUGCUGUGUCUUGGGCUGAGUGUGGGCGCCAGGACCCGAGCCCAGGCAGGGACCCUCCUCAGACCCACCAUCUGGGCUGAGCCAGGCUCUGUGAUGCCCUGGGGGACACCUGUGACCAUCUGGUGUCAGGGAAGCCUGGAGGCCCAGGGGUACCUCCUACAUAAAGAAGGAUACUCAGGGACCUGGGACAGACAGAAACCGCUGGAAUCCGGGGACAAGGCCAACUUCUCCAUCACAUACCUUACAAAUGUAUAUGCAGGAAGAUAUCACUGUAGCUACUUCAGUCCCACCAGCUGGUCAGAGUACAGUGACCCCCUGGAGCUGGUGGUGACAGGAUCUCAUGGCCAAGCCAGCCUCUCAGCCCUGCCUAGCCCUGUUGUGACCUCAGGAGGGAAUGUGACCCUCCAGUGUGCCUCACGGAUGGGAUUCCACAGGUUCGUCCUGAUGAAGGAAGGAGAGCACCAGCCCUCCUGGACCCUGAACUCCCAGCCAGCCCCCCGUGGGGGGACCCAGGCCCUGUUCCCUGUGGGCCCUGUGACCCCCAGCCUCAUGAGGUUCAGAUGCUAUGGCUAUUACAGCAACACCCCCCAGGUGUGGUCGGACCCCAGUGGCCCCCUGGAGCUGCUGGUCUCAGGUAUGUCAGGAAAGCCCUCCCUGCUGACUCAACAGGGCCCUGUCGUGACCUCUGGACAGAGCCUGACCCUCCAGUGUCACUCUGAUAUCAGCUACGACAGAUUCGCUCUGUCCAAAAAGGGGGCACCUGACCCUCCCCAGCAGGCUGGCCGGCAGCCCCAGGCUGGGUUGUCUGUGGCAGACUUCCCCCUGGGCCCUGAGACCUCUCAUGGAGGCCGGUAUAUGUGCUACGGUGGACACACCCUCACCUCUGAUUGGUCGACCCCCAGUGACCCCCUGGACAUCCUCCUCGCAGGACAGCUGCCCUACACACCCUUCCUCUCAGUGCAGCCAGGACCCACGGUGGCCCCAGGAGAGAAUGUGACCCUGCUGUGUCAGUCACGGAGCCCUGUGGACACUUUCCUUCUGUCCAAGGAGGGGGCAGCCGAUCCCCCCCUGCGUCUUAGAUCACAGUACCGAGCUGGGCAGCACCGGGCUGAAUUCCCCAUGAGUCCUGUGACCUCAGCCAGGUGCUAUGGCUCUUCCAAAAUCUCCCCCUACCUGUUGUCACAGCCCAGUGAUCCCCUGGAGCUGCUGGUCUCAGGUGAGGCUGGCACCGUGAGCCCACCCCAAAACAACUCAGACCCCAGCAGUGGUGCCUCUCUGACCUCUGCAACAUCUCGGUCCUCAUUCCUAGCCUUGGAUCCCAGAGAUUACACGGUGGAGAAUCUGACCCGCCUGGGCGUGGCUGUCUUGAUCCUGGUGGUCCUCGGGAUUCUGCUGCUAGAGGCACAGCACAGCCAGAGAAGGACCCCAGACACAGCCAGGAGCUAAACGUGAGGGGGAACAAAGCCACCAUUCCAUGUGGCAGAGCGUGGGCAUGCAUUCCAGGUGCCCAGAGGGAUCUGGAGGAAAGCCUGCAGCUCACCCUCGCUGAUCUGUCUGCUGACAACAUCGAGGGGGAGCAUGGUUCAGGUGCAGGACAUGUCUGGGCUGCUCCCUGUCC